AUGACUCGCAUAUCCACGGUGGGAGAGUCACGGGUGAAAGGUGAAGCGGGUAGCAGCAAUGCAAAACAAUUGAUAGAUGCGAUCAGCAUAAAUCUCAAGAAGGUUUCUGUGUCUGAAUGCAGUCAAGCAGAGGCUGAACAGCUUCUAAAAGGGGCAGAUGAAGCCUUGAACCAACUUCGAUGUAUGGAGAGUGGGCUUUCGUGGAAGCAGGGGGAAAUAGAGAAACUCUAUCACAAUGUGAUUCAAAAGUGUCUCGAUAGACACGUGUACAAGCAGGCAGAAAGGCUUUCGAAGGAUCUUCUCCUUCGGAUCGAGACAUGGAAAUCCAAGAAGUUGAAAGUGGAAAAGGAAAACAGGCCUUCACAGUCAGGGUCUGAUGUACGAGAAGUCAUCCGACGUCUGCAGAGAAGUGCUGCAGGAGAGAAGAAACCCCUCAAGGAUGAUCUUGCGAUCCUUGUUGGCAGCUUUCUCAACUUCGGGGCGGUGAGGCUCAACCACGGUUCAGCUGGCGAGAAGCGGGAAGACGCUCUUCAGGAUGUCGUUCUCAGUUGCGGUGAUGGCUGCAUGUUGGUCUUGCAGAGACUGUUUGAAGUUGAUGCGGCAUACGCCACGAAGCUUGCUGUCUCCUUUCACCGUAUCUUGAACAAGGCGGCGUCGUUGGCUGACGAGCCUCAAGCGGGGGGAGGGGCGUCGGACUCUAACAAGGCCCGAUCAUCGUGCCACUUACUGUCGCUGGAGCUGCGGAGGUUGGCGCUGUGCUACCUGAUCUUGUCACAGAAAGUUUCGCUGCUCGAGGUAGUGAAGCAGGUCGUUAAGAUCUCAAAGUUCUACGAGCAAAAGGUGCCCUCUCGGCUCUUGGCUUCGCAUGCACAACUCCUGCACUGCUCCUCCUGUUCCUUGGCCCACGACCUCGGGGAGCACGAUUCCUCCUUCCUUGCCGUUAUGGACUGGUUUCUUGCCUUCCAAGCAGCUGUCGCCCGGGCAUGCGAUAUCGAUUCUCCUCGCGCAGCUCUCGAGAGCCUGGAGGGUUGUGACGUCCUGCCGGCUCUGGAGCAGCUCGUUGGGAGGUUGCAAGACAAGCGCGAGGAGCGGGAGAGAGUGUGGGAUACGCUUGUCCGCCUCUUUGCCUUGAUGAAGCAGAUGCUCGUCUACGCGUCCACCUCGCAGGGCUUCGGAGACCUCAGAUCACUCAUCGCUUCUCUGCAGAAAGAGCUGGACAAGGUCAACUGGGCGGAAGUUUGUCACGAGUAUGGGUCGAUACUGGACAAGUAUGUGAGGGGGAUGGACAGCUUUCGCUCCUUGUGCUGUGCGCUCGUGAUCAGUAAGAGGAAGGCUAUGCGGGAGGGCGACGAAGCGUCGACGCUCGAGGCUUCCCUGCAGUCUCUCUUUCUGUCCUUCGCUGAUGCAGCAGCGACUGGCCUAGGCCAGCAAGGCUCAGAUGCAUCGCUGCUCCCACGGCUUGUCGAUGCUCUCAUCUUCGUCCUGCAAGUCGAUUCCUCGAGGUUCUCCCAGGCGCUCUCGGAGCGUGUCAAGUCCAUCCUCCUCAAGCUUCCCGCAGCUCAGUCGCUUGCUCUGUCUUCUAGCGUCGUUCUCUACAACGCUGCCGUCGCCUCAUACAAUCAGGGAUGCUUCACCGCUGCCCUCUCACCUCUUCAGCACUGCUGCUGCUCGCUAGUCUCCUGUCCCAGUCGUCUAUCCUCCUCCGAGGCUCUUCUGACGGCCAAGAGGCAGCGCAUGCUCGCCUUCUGCCUGCAGCGGACGGGAGACGCCUCCUCGGCCAUGGCCAGCUUCGCCAGAGCCAUGGUGCUGUUCAGCCUGGGGGGUGACCGAGCAGGCGCGAAGGCAUGCGUGGAAGAGCAGCUGCUUCUGCGACUCUCGUGCGGCAGUGAGCAGGUGGGGGGAUGCAGCAUGCUCAACGUGUCGGGGUGGAGAUGCUUGCUGGAUCCCAACAUGCAGCAGGAGCUGCUCGAGCUCGAGCUCACAGUUGCUGCUUCCUCCCGCCAUCCUCCGUCCUCGCACAUGCUGAUGUUGUGCGAGGAGCUGCUCGACCUGCAGACCCUGCAAGGAGGAGACAAGGCGGGGGGCCGUGGAGUCAUCCUUCUGGAGAAGGUCAAGAUCCUGCAUGCUUCCUGGCCGGCUGGGGAGACGGACGAGAGAGAACUCGCGAAGAAGGAGGAGGAGCUCCUGGAGGAGGGAUUAUCCCAGCUGGACAGCCACCUGCGCCUCCUGCUCUCCUCAGCUCCGCACUCAGCUGAGGUUCGGUCCAUCGUUUGCCACGUGGCAGGGAGCCUCUGCUGGAGGGCAGCAGUGAGGGAGGAGGACUCGCUGAGCUUCGCGGGGGCGGCUGUGAGGUUGUGGGAGGCGCUGCUUGAGAGCCUGUCGCAGCUGGAGGGAGAGGGGGAGGGGGAGGGGGAGGGGGAGGGGGAGGGGGAAUUUCUUCCUGCUGUCAGCGGCUCCUCCUUGCGUGUUUCCUUCUCCAGUGUCUGCGAGUCCAUCGCGCUGCUGGGAGACGUUCUGACCUUCCGCGGCUACGAGGCGCUUGGGCGUCAAGUCUACUCGCUGCUGGCGAGGUUCGUAGCGGUGAGGAGGAGACUAGGCUGCCGUCAGGAGGAGAAGGAAGGAGAGCUGCUGGUCAAGCUUGCCGCUGAGAGCUGCCUGAGGGGCGACAAGCUCUUGGCACGCUCUCUCCUUCAAGACUCCAGCUCGAGCAGCUUGCGACCAGCAGCGAGGAGGCUUUUGGAGCUUGUACAAGUAGAAGCUACUGCUGCUGAGGAGGAGGAGGAGGGAGGGCAGGACUGCUCGGCCGAUCCUCUUGCCGUGGAGCUGAACGAUCGCAACCAGGAGGAGGUCGAGGCCCUCGCACGCGCUCUUUCCUCGAGCAGGUGGAGGCGAAACUGUCGAGGAGGAGAAGCUCAGCGGCAGGGGCUUAAGGGGCUCCACGCGCUCAUGGGCAGCCUCAAGCUCCUCCUGCCGUCAGAACGAGCGACGGAGGAGGCGUCGGAUCGAACGACCAGCGUGUUGGAGAAGCUUGGCGUUUCCUCGCGACUUUUCAGUCUGAGCAGGUUUCGCCUCCUCGCGCGAGCAGCGGCGAGUCUGCGGCAGGUGGGCGAGACGCAGCUGGAGGGAGGGGCAGUGCGAGAAUCCCGUUACUACCUCGAGCUGGGGAUGGAGCUGGCGAGAAGCUGCAGGUCUGCGGCAUGGCAGGUAGAGCUGCUGGAGUCGCAGGGGGAGCGAGAGGAGGCAGACAAACUCCUUGCUGAGUCAAUGGCGAUGGUGGACGCGAGCAGGUUGACAUCUCCAGCUGAGGUCGGGGAGCUGCAGGGUGAGCAAGUUGAGCUGCUGCUGGCCAUGGCGCAUGUCUGCCGGUCGCGAGGAGACGCCGCGAGGCUGCAGGAAACGCUGGCAAGCACUCGAGUCGCUAUUGAUCGUCUGCAAGGAAGCAGAAGCAGCUUCAAGUCUUGUUUGGGGGGGGACGUGAGCUUGAGGGUUGACGCCCUCGUCGAUGCCCUUCGAGGACGUGAAGCGACGCGAGCGGCGGGGAAGCGAACGACCAAGAGCAUCAAGCCCAGAGUGCGGGGAGCGACAAGCGAAGGAGAGGAGGAGGAGCGGAGGAGCGGAGAUGAGGCGUGGGAGGUCAAGCUGAUGACGCUGGAGGGAACCUUGUCCAGGAUGCGGCAUGAUGACGCCACUGCCAGGCGAACGCUUGAGGAAGCGCUCAGACUCUGCACCUGCAGGAGGGAACGAGCGGAAGUACUGCUCGAGCUGGGUCUGUGCUACUCUGGUGCAGGAGGAAGAGGCUCAGGGGAGGGAGAGGAGCGAGAAGGGCGGAGGGAGCAGUUGAACUCGCUCAAGGUGACUCAGCUGCGGGAGCUGCUGGGGUCUCGAAAUCUCCCGACUAGCGGGAAGAAGGCUGAGCUGGUGGAGCGCUUCUUGAGCUACGAGGAGGAGGAGGGAGGAGGCAGCGAGUCCCUGGAGCUGCUCAUGAAGUGCUGGAUGGAAUGCCAUCCUGACGGCCCUCAGCUCAUGCAACGAAGGUGCGGGAGGGCGAUCGCGAGGAGGCUGGAGGACUGCAGCAGCGCCCUCUUCUUCCAGCUGGGCAGCAUGGGCAUCGCGUCGAGGCUCAUGCUUGAGUCUUGUCGGUUGGGGGGAGACGAAGUGAGGGAGGUGACGAGCAGUAUGCGAGCUCUUGAUCUCGCUGCUUGCUCAAGCCGACACGUCGACGAGCCCACAAGUUCGGGCAACGUGAAGCGUCUGCAGGAGAAGGCGAAGGAGAGCAUGACGGAGCUGCAGCAGCUGCUGCCUCAAGGUUGGGCCGUUCUCGUCCUCCACACGGUGGAGGAGGGAGGAAGAGUCUCACUGGCUCUGGGAGUCAUCGAACGCUCUGCUCCUCCCUCCCUCCAAGUCCUCGCUCCUCCCUCCCCCUGCCGCUUCUCGCGCUUCGAGGACAUGCAGCAGGAGUUCGCAGAGAUCAUGCGGCUGUCGCGGGAGGGGCUGGAGCAAGCAUCGGCCGUGAGCGGAUCCUCAGAGAAGAAGCGUUGGUGGCAGGAGAGGAGCGAGCUUGACAGGCGGCUUGGUGAGGUCGUGACGGAGAUGGACGAGUGGCUCAAGGGGAGGCUGGGAGGGAGGAAAGACGAGCACGUCGUCCUGCUCCUUGACGAGGAGACGCAUGAGCUGCCAUGGGAGAACGUGACGAGUCUGAGAGAGCGAUCCGUCUCAAGGGUCCCCUGCCUCUCCUUCCUCCUCCACCACCUCCAGCUGUCUAGCCCGAAGUUCAAGGCGUCAGCUCCCCGCAGCUUCGCUCCCACCUCCGUCAGCAGGUCGAGUACCUUCUACGUCCUCAACCCGUCGGGGGACCUGCCAGGCACGCAGGAGACGUUCGAGCGGCUCUUCGAGCAGGAGGGCUGGCGAGGAGUCGCAGGACGCAUGCCGCAGGAAGGGGAGCUGGCUCGCUCGCUGCUGGAGGAAGACGUUCUGGUGUACUGCGGGCACGGGGGAGGCGAGAGGAUGAUUCGUGCGGAGGAGCUGAGCCGCAUGUCGCGAUGCUCGGCUGCUGUGCUGAUGGGAUGCAGCAGCGCUCGGCUGAGGAGGCAGGGAGUCUUCGAGCCGAGGGCUCACUUCCUGCACUACCUCGCCGCUGGCUCUCCUUUCGUGCUGGGCAACCUCUGGGAUGUUUCGGAUCGCUCCUCCUCCUCGCCUCCUUCCCCUCCUCUCCCCUUCCCCUUCUUCACUUUGUUUCCUCUUAUCGAGCAUCUUAACCUCAGGGACAUCGAUCGUUUCUCCGAGCAGCUCUUUCGCCAAGCUCUCUUUGCCAACGAGGACGCUCAAGUCUCCAUCCUCUCGAGCGUAAAGGAGGCGCGAGACUGCGUGAGGAUGCGGCAUCUCAUCGGCGACGCUCCUGUCUUCUACGGCCUCCCAGCCGUCGCCAGCGCCUAA